AUAGCAUCUGCGUAUCGUGCCAAAGUGGCCAAAGUCGUUUAGCUCCUCCCAAAAGCUCGGGAACCGCUCAAUUCCAUCAAAAUGAAGACAUCCAUGCUCUCCCUCAUCAUCCUGCUCCCGCAUGCUUUUGCCCAAUAUCAACCACCUUUCCUCUGCGUCUCGAGCCCCGCCAUCCCAAUCGAGGCUGGCACAACCAACGUGACUGCAACAAUCGAGGACCCGCUAAACCGGAGAUGCGAAGCAACGGUUUACUUUGCCGACCCUAAUUUCCUUCCGAUCAGCUACUCUUUCGAGGCGGAAUGCCCUGAUAGAAAGAUCAAUAACUUUGUGAUGCCACUUGGUGCACCCAAUGGCGAAGCUCACAUCACAUGGCACUGCGCCGGACAAGUGCCUUCUUGUACCCGCGCGAUGAUCACUGGUGGCAGGGGGGACCCCUCCCUUCCCCUCCAGAACCAAGGCAAAGUAGGCUGUGUAUCCCAGUCAGUUUUGACCCGCACCACCCUCGCAACCGUGACUAGGUCGUCGACAACCAUCAUUGAGACCGUACCGGCCCUGAUCACAAGUAUCACCACGAACUUCGUAGUGGAGGCCACCACAACUACCAGCAAUGGUGACACCGCUUCCCGAACCUCGACCACCAGUGUUACAGUGGGGACGCCAGCCACUGACUCUCCGGGCAACACAGCUCCCGGACCUCCGGGAACAACGGCCGCCGAGACAACUUUGGCAACCAACACGGGCGCCGCCGGCGGGACAGGAUCCUCGACUAGCCAGACAACCGCGUUGCCGGAGCCCACAUCAGUGUCGGAUCCAUUGGCGACAUUUUACACCAACACUGCCUCUGAUCCUACGACAUCCUUGACGACAACCGCGGCGCUUACGGCCGUUGUGUCAACCCUUACGGUCAUGCAGACUGUGACUGCCCCUUGUAGCGCGGAUGUCUGAAAGCUUUGCCGCGGUUGACUGCAUUUCCUCCUCUUGCUAAACAAAGUUAGGCCGUCUUUUCGUGGGAUUGACUUGCGUUGGGAUAAGAGGUAUGGCAAUCGAUAGUUCUUGGUUCAUAUGGUC